AAUCAAACACUUAAUAAACCCCUCAAUAAGCCAAAAUCCAUAGAAAGACUUAACUAUUAUCUCACUCACAAUAUCUAUCAAAAGUCUUGUAAGCCAUGGAUCAAGAAUCUCAUCUAACAACACCUUCAAAACAAGCACCACUUCAGAUGAAUUUCCCAACUCCAGCUAAUGGCUCUACUAAAAUAUCAACACCCGAUCGUCUUACAGUUCCAAAAGCAUUUAAAUAUCCUGAAAUGUAUAAAAGCCCAACUGAUCAGAUUAUGUCCCCUGUUUCUAAAGGACUUCUAGCUAGAGCUAAGUCUAUGAAAUCAGCUAAAUCCAUGAAACCAUCUGCUUUGUUACCACCGUCAUCUUCUACUAUAAAUCAACAACACAAGAUUCAAGCUUCCAAGUUUCAAGAUCUGGGUGCUCUUAAAACUUGAUGAACUGUGAUGGGUUGAAAGAUUUUUAGGCUUUAAUAUUAGGAUACAAUGAAGGCCCAAUAGUAUUAAUAGUGUUUCUAUGAAUAUUGAACCAUGUCUAAAUGAUAUAAAGCUUGUAUGACUUGGAAUCUUGAUUUGUCCUAAUGCAUCUGAUUAGAUAUUGUUCUAAUCUCAUUGUGUUUCGAUGAAUCUCGACUACUGAUAUAAAGUUUAUUGCUUUUGGAAUCCUUUUGGUGAUAACAUUCUGUAUAUAUGAAUGUUUAACUUGAUUGAAUGGAAAAAGUUUGGUUA